GGUGCAUUUCUUUCCAUGCACGUUACGCGUUUGCUAAAUUGAAAUCGAUCGUGCUAAAGCGUGAAGAUCUGCAGUUUGUUAUGGCGUUCAGUCAGUUGCUGGUAGACCGCCGGAACAGACGCAAAGUAGAAUUCAAAACUUUAGAAACAGGCGCGUGGUUCGCGGUCGGUUGUGACAGCUAGAUUUUCUUAUUGAUUAUUUUUUGUAUUCAACAAGAGCAGUGAGUUGGAAAUAAAAAGCAUGAAAUGUUUAGUGAAGUGCUCAACGGUGAUUUUUAUCACCAUAUUUCAGUGGUUGCUCAGGGUCGAGGCGUUCGAGUUUCGAAUACAGUUCAAUAUGAGUGAAUAUUGGCAAAUGCCGCCACUGUUUCAGUACGAGAGUUUUGAAGGCUGUCUCCGAUCGAAUCCGGAUGGAGUUUUUUGUGUUGUGAAAAGUGCGGUGAAACCCAAUGGGCGUUCGUCGUUGUGGAGAACGAUCGAAAAAUAUUCAAAAUAUCCAUACCAGUAUCAGCACAGUGUCCUGACGCGUGGCAUUUGCUUAGAGCAAUGUGAAAAACUUGUGAAGGCACUAUCAGAUAAACAGAGGGUACAAUUUUUGCAACCUAAAUUUGAUGUGAACUUUAAGUUCAUUAUCAACGACUGGUUGUUACCCAACAUCGAACAUUAUAGGCAGCACUAUGCUGCGACGGUGAACAUCUGUCAGAACUAUCGGAUGAAUCACGAAUACAACCUCAGCGCAUACACAGAGAUAGAACACUGCACCACCAACAAUACUUUAAAUAGAAAAUAUGAUUAUUUAGACAUUUGUUUCUAUGCGGUUAUUGCCCUGCUGCUAAUACUCACCACUGCAUCUACUGUCUAUGAUACAACACUAUCGAAUGAUCUCAAUCACUACCGAACACCAUUGAAAAAUCGAGCAAGUAACAUUCUAACAGCAUUUUCCCUAAGAAGAAACAUUAAUCGUCUAACCAUGAAGUUGAAGUCCGACCAACUGCAACAAGAUUUGCGCUUCCUGGAGGCCAUCCGGGUCUACGUUAUGACUGCCAUCACUUUUAGCCACGUCGUUAUAGGACUGGGAAUGACCACCAGUCAAAACCCGGAAGCAAUGGAAAAGUUACUUUCGAAACCAGGAGUUCAAAUGUUCCUGUCGGUCGUACCAUUCGAGGUGGAUGUAUUUUUCGCCAUUAGUGGACUCCUGUUGUCGGUGCACUUUCUCAAAUACAUCGACGGUAAGCGGUUCGGUUUUAGACCACUCUGGACGGGUCUGGUUAAUCGAUACCUACGAUCAGUGCCGGUGUACGCACUGGUGAUGCUGUUCAGCACCUCGGUCUACGAUCGGCUGCAAGUCAGCCCAUCGGCGUACAAAAUCAUGCCUAUGGUCCGGACGAUAUGUCGGGAAAAAUGGUGGCACAACUUUCUGUUCAUCAAUAAUUACUUCCAGCCAGAGGAGCAGUGUUUGAUCCACACAUGGUAUUUGGCAGCCGAUUUCCAGCUUUUCAUCGUGGGUCUGAUACUGAUGAUGCUGCUUUGGAAAUGUCCAAGCAUACUUAAACCACUGGUUUACUGCAUUCUACUGGUUGGAUUCAUUCUUCCAAUGGUGAAUAUUUACUACCAUUCGAUGGACGCCGUAAUGCUGCUAACAAAUAAGGGAAAUGCCUUUCAACUGUGGUACGAUGAAUGGUUUACGCGAACCUAUCAGGCAACGGAAACGCAUUGCUUGAGUUACUUCGCAGGAAUGGUAAUAGGAAUUAUCUACCACAAAAUGCAGACCAACGAUUUGCUGUUAGCAAAAUCGAAGGUUUACAGAACCCUACAAUACGUGGUGCUACCAUUGAUGCUACUGUUUUGUAUCCCAGCACCCCUCUUCCAGCAGUACAGUUUUAGCAAACCAUCUGUUUGGAUGUCCUUCUAUGCAGGACUGCAUCGGCUGGUGAUAACCAGUUUCAUUAGUGUAGGGUUUUUGCUGCUAAUGUUCGCCGAAAGGGACAGCUUUUUCGGGCGUAUAAAACAAUCUAAUUUGUUGGAGAAUGCAUUCUACCGAGUUCUGGGCCGGCUGAGUUUUGGGUUCUAUCUAAUCCACAUGAAUGUGCUGAAAACUCUCUACGGAAACCAUCACGAGGCACUGCGGAUAUCAUUUGGGCUGGUGGUUUCGGUAUUCUGUUCAGUCACACUGAUCACCUACACACUGGCGGUGCUGGCGUACAUUACGGUGGAAAAACCGUUUGAUAUCAUAUUUAAGCAGUUGUUAGGUGGUGGCAGUACAAGACCGGAAGAACGGAAAGGGGUGCUCGCAGGUGGGACCACACAAGCGCUUAGCAGCAGUCGCGAUCCUCUCGAUCAGCGACGAACUGACUCAAACACGCCGUAAUCGAAACCUGCAUCAUAAAUUUUACAGCUGAGUGGAGUUGAACUGUCGCAUCGGAUGAUAUACAUAAGUAUCACAUAGGAUGUGACUUGUAUAUAACGUCGGGAGGAGUUACAAUUUUUCAGAAUAAACUUAAAG